AUGGAUGAGGCAAAGCCUCAGUAUGCGGCGACACCCUCGCCUGAUGUUGAGGAGCAUAUGAGUGUCGGCCGCUACAUCUCCACUCGCAUUUCCUCUCUGGUGCCUCCGAUGAACCCCGCGCCAAACCCGUUCAAGGCUCUGACACUGCUCAACCGGACUCAGUGGCUUAAUUUCACGGUCGCAUUUCUUGGAUGGUCUUGGGACUCUUUUGACUUCUUCACCGUCUCGCUGACUACCUCCGAACUUGCUGAGACAUUUGAUAAAUCCGUAACCGAUAUCACAUGGGGAAUCACACUAGUGCUGAUGCUCCGAUCCGUCGGCGCAAUCACCUUCGGAAUUGCCUCUGAUCGAUGGGGCCGCAAAUGGCCAUUCAUCGUCAACCAGCUGCUCUUCGUGGUCCUCGAGCUCGGCGCCGGUUUCUGCCAAACUUAUAAACAGUUCCUGGCUUGUCGCGCCUUGUUCGGAAUUGCCAUGGGUGGCUUGUACGGUAAUGCGGCUGCUACCGCGCUAGAGGAUUGUCCGCCCGAAGCCCGCGGUAUCAUUUCAGGACUCUUGCAGCAAGGGUACGCUUUUGGAUACCUGUUAGCCACGGCUUUCGCCAGAGCUCUUGUCGAUACUACCCCGCAUGGCUGGCGACCUCUGUACUGGUUUGCAGCCUGUCCACCAGUCUUGAUCAUUAUCUUCCGGUUGUUCCUAGGUGAAACCGAGACUUUCCGUCGGCGCCAGGAAGCGCGGCAGGAGGUGCGCGGAGGCGUUGCGGCGUCGUUCGUGUCAGAAGGGAAGGUUGCACUGCGGCGACAUUGGCUGAUCCUCAUAUACCUCGUUCUGCUUAUGGCUGGGUUUAAUUUCAUGUCGCACGGAUCUCAGGAUUUGUAUCCGACAAUGCUGGAGAACCAGUUCGAAUUCUCUAAGAACGCAGUCACCGUCACACAAGUCGUCGCCAACCUGGGCGCUUUGUCAGGUGGCGUAUUAUGCGGCUGGGCUAGUCAGAUCUUCGGCCGGCGGUUCUCUAUCAUCGUCAUCUCUAUCGUGGGGGGUGCCCUGCUCUACCCCUAUACAUUUGUCGAGAAUAAGGAUGUCAUAGCUGCUGCCUACUUCGAGCAGUUCAUGGUCCAGGGUGCAUGGGGUGUCAUCCCCAUCCAUCUGAUGGAGCUAUCGCCAGGACCUAUCCGGACCUUCGCUGUCGGCACUGCUUACCAGCUUGGAAACCUGGUUUCCUCCGCUAGCUCGACUAUUGAAUCAACGAUCGGUGAACGCUUCCCGCUGCCUGGAACUAAAGAAGCUCCCCACCGCUACGAGUAUGGUAAGGUUAUCUGCAUCUUCAUGGGCUGUGUCUUUGCCUAUGUUAUUUUGAUUACAAUUGCUGGGCCAGAGCGGUUGGGUCGUAACUUCGACGCUGAGCAUGAUGCGGAUCUCCAGGAGGUUGCUGCUCACCGCGGUCUCAAUACUAAGGAGGACUUCGGGGAUGAUCCCGAGAAGGCUAGGACUUCGAUUGUGCCGUAG